UAAAUAAUCACUUUCACUGAUUAUACUAAUCAUGCUGGAUUUUUCUUUAGUUAUAUAGCAUAAGUUUUCCCUUCUUUUAGCCUCAAAUGUAUUCAACAUCAUCGCAAUUGGUAUCCAGCUUUUACUUUCUCGCACUUGUCCCAAUAAUCUUUGCCCCAUUGCUCCAUUCCCUAUAUACUCAGCCUUGGAAGUGAAAACCCCCACCCUGCUAUGCUGUCCCCCAACACAAUGGGAGCUUCCUUACUUCUUCUCUUUCUCCUCUUCCUCUUCUUUCCAUUGUGCGCUCAUUCCAUGGACACACUAGUUCUAGAUGGUCUCACCCAAUGGAAGUCCCCUGUCAUUCAAGUUGGAGACUCUUUAGUAUUCAAACAUAAGAAGCUCCAGAAUCUGUACCACUUUCAUAACUACAAGGAUUUCAAACUGUGCAACCUCUCACAAGCCACUCUUGUCUCCUUCUCUACCCAUUUCAUGUGGCGUCCUACUCAGCCAGGUUACUACUACUACUCCAGUGGAGGGUGUGAGAAUGGCGAGAAGGUGGCUGUGAGGGUUAUCCCAACACCACCUCAUUCCUCCAUUGCUUUUCCUCCAGUCACUGCUCCACCACCAACUUCCGGUGGUGAGUUGCCUUCUUUUCCAUCUAAUGGCUGGGUUUCCAGUUCUCCUGCUUCUUCUUUGCAGCCUGAACUGGGGCCUUCUCCAGCUCCUGGGGAUUCUGGAACUGGGAUUCCAUUCAUUAACAGUAACCCUGCUGUUCCUCUUCCUACUGGUGAGACUGACACUGCCACUAUCCGUCCUUUGCCCAUCACUGGAAGUGGGGACGAUGCCUCCCAGGCGGUAGUGGGAGUGGGAAGGAAGUUGCAGCAGGAGCAGGUGUUGUUUAAGUUUGUGGUUGAGCUGUUGCUCAUCAUGUCUUUUACUUUUGUGUGGUCGUGACUCGUGCGUGCACUAUUUCCUUUUUUUUUCUUUUUUUUUUUCUUUUUUUUUCUUUUUGCUUUUUGGAUAACAGCUUUUGUACACAACAACGUAGUGCUGCUGUUGCUGCUGUGACUGUGGACUAACUAAACUAAGCUAGACUAUCUCUUAUUAUUAUUAUUAUUAUUAUUAUUAUUAUUAUUAUUAUUAUUAUUAUUAUUAUGUCUUUUAUGUAGGAGGACGUCUUUCUCAUCUUAGUUAUAUAUAUAUAUAUUAUUAUAAUUAUAAGGUUAUGGACCACUCUUAUGUAAUACUAGUAC